AUGGCGGACUUCCCCGCGGAAUUCCUCUUAACGACGCGGAACUGCGACGUCCUCGGGGGAAUUCCGCUUAACGCCGCGGAACUGCGACGUCCUCGGGGGAAUUCCGUAUCCGUUGCGGGCAUGCACAAUGGCGUCAGCGACGGAAUUCCCGCACGCCGGUGGAACCCUAACGGGCACCAUUGGAUGCUCUUAGCUGUUUUGACAAAUGAUAUGGCUUAUGAAGCUUUGGAAUCCCUGCAACAAACCUUACUCCGGAUCCUUCAUCAUCUCACCACUCGUCGUGUUAAAGAACGAGUUAUAUCUAUCCACGACAAAGCUGUUGUAUUGCAGUUGAAUCUCAAUCAUUUUCCAGAAAAAGAAACAAUAAGGGAGGUAGCAAAUGCAACUCUAGAGAUUAUUCAAUACAUUUUCUCCCCACAAAAACUAUCCAUAGACCCAACGCUCAAACUGUUGGGGAAAUUGGCUGAGGAGAUCGAUUCAACUGGUGGACAUGUGGUUGACUACUGCAAGAGCAAUUCCAACUCAGUUGAAGAUCUGAAAGUUGCAACGGAGCUGAUUGUCAGAAUCUCAAACCGGUUGAGAAGAUUAGCUGUGAAAAUAAAGUCAACUCCUAUAGAAUUAGUAGAUGAAGAUUCAGCAUCAAAAUAUCUCCACCCACAAGCAAAGAUGUGGUAUAUGCAACAGAUCAUGGACCGGCUCGUUCGUGAUGACAUACUAGAAAUCCAAGUCAUCCCGAUUGUGGGCAUGGGAGGAAUUGUAUCCAGAUAUUCUAGUUUAGAUACUUUUCUCUUAAAGUUACUAGCUUCACUCAAACGAAAACUAGAUCUAGUUGGAAGGUAUUCGUUGGAAGAAAUGGAGCUUGAAAUGAACAGAGUCAUAUCAGAGAGGAUGCAUCUCAUGAAAAUGGACGGCAUAUGGAGUGCACUGCAUCGGGGUUUGUUAGAGGAAAUUUACAAAAUCUUAUGGGGGAGGAGGUAUCUCAUAGUAAUGGACAACAUUUGGAGUUUGAUGGAAGAUCGAAAUCGCGCAUGCUGGCUAUUUCCGGAUAAUCAUAAUGGAAGCCGGAUCAUGCUAACAACAAGGCUAAUGAAUGUAGCUGCCCUUAAUGGCCCCGUUCAUAUGAUGCGUUUCUUGGAUGACGAACAAAGUUGGCAUCUGUUCCAGCACAAGGUUUUCGGAGAUCAAGGUUGUCCUCUUGAGCUACACACCGUGGGGGAAAAGAUUGUAAAAGGAUGUGGAGGACUGCCCCUCUCAAUUGUAACUGUGGCAAGGCUUUUAUCUAUGAUUCCUACAACUCCAAAGUUGUGGCAACAAAUUGAAGCCAAUGCUGAGCAAUUGGGAUCAGUUUUAUCUUUGAGUUACAACCACUUGUCUCUAAAUUUGAGAAAGUGUUUCUUGUAUAUAUGGCAGGCUUCCCUCAGGGUUAUGAGAUCCGUGCCUCUGAACUCAUCAAACUUUGGGUAG